AUGCCGUCUUCGGUUCGUCUGCCAACGCCGGAGUUGCGACGACCCGCAAUCCGAACUGCCUGGCUGGGUGGAAGACGACGGACACCGGCGGCAUUGCGGCGGCACUGGAUGGAGGGAAAACGACAACGUCUAGGGGCGGAGGGUAUCCGGCGAGAGUUGUGGUGGUUGGUUCGAAGCCAUGAUAUUCAUAGAGUUCAUGCUAUUCACAUAGAUGAUUUGGAGAUAGAAACACAAUUAAAAAUUAUUAACAAACCCUCUGUUAAAAGCAUUCAAAGAAAACCUAGUUAUAAGUCAUUUGAAAAGAUAAAUACGAAGGAUUCAAAUGAAUUCAUAUUUGGACUUCAAGAAGAAAAAUGUCCAAAGGGAACAGUUCCCAUUCGAAGAACAACAAAAGACGAACUCAUUCAAGGAAAAUUAUCACUUUAUAAUCAAAACAUGCUUCAAAGUGUUCCCUGGGUUCAUAUUGCAGAAAUACAUGUUAAACCAGAAUUCAGUCCUUAUUAUAAAAUUAAUGGAACAAAUAGCCUUUAUAAUCCAAGACUCACGACGACGGUUCAAGAAAGUCUUUCCCAUGUAUUUGUUGAGAAUGGAGGAAAUAACAAAAUUUCUUUCGGGUGGCAUGUGUCUCCACUAAUGCACGGUGGUAAUAGUGCAACUUAUUUCUACUCAACAUGGACAGACCGAGAAACUCAAAAUUGGUGGCUGAAUCUCUUUGGGCAUGAAAUUGGAUAUUAUCCAGGGAGAUUAUUCUCAAACCUGACCUCGGCAGAGAGAGUGGGGUGGGGUGGGAGAACAGUUACACGUCCUAACAGUAUCAGUCCUCAAAUGGGAUCUGGAUAUUUUCCAGAAAAAAACAACUUUGUUCAUGCUUGUUACUUUAUAUAUGUCACCAUUCAAGAUCGAGGAAGAACAGAUUUUGGACCUGAAGAACACAUGACGGAGGCAGUAGUCGACAAACCUGAUUGUUUUAAUGCCGAAUACUAUGGAGAUCAAGGAGGAACUGUCGCACAUAAUCUCCAAUUUGGGGGACCCGGUGGCCAAUGUGGUGAUUGA